AACUGCCAUAACACUUCUCACCUCGGCCAUCUUGUUUCUGUUUUCCGCCAAGGAUAUGAGAAAAAGGAACGCUGAAAACAGAAUUCCCCAUGAAGAUUGUGGGUGUGCAGAGGAGUGAAACAAAGACAGAAAAGGAGGCUGUUGGCCAGUACACCGUGAAGCUGAGACAAUACCUCCCUUGAUAACCACUCUAUUCCAGAAUGCCAGGCACUGGCUAUUGCCCUUCAAGCUUCGUUCUAAAACUAAAUGACCGAAUAACCCCCUCUCUCUUUUUCAGUAAAACAAAGGACAGGGGAAGAGGAACUGCGAACCAUCUCAGAAGGGCAUAAGGACGAUGCGGUAAUUCUAUUGGAAGGUUUAAUGUUACUGUAUUAGUUGUAUUAAGCACCAUUGAUUUUGCUAAUCCUAACAAACAAAGUGAACGAAACGCAAUCAAGCCAGGGAAUAAAGAGAAAAAAAGGCAACACGAAGCUUAGAAUCUAAGUUAAACAUAGUAUCACAAACAAGCUGCCCACAUGGACCAUGAAAGAUUGUCAUUUUGUACGGCACUGUUUGUAAGAAUGGCUUCCGGCUAGUUUUUGAUCUGCAAGUACAAGCCAUGCAAGGAAGAUUUAUCUUUUUUCAUAGCCGCUUGGAAGAAAUGAAAAUAUUCUCUUCCAUUAGUCUCUAUAUACCUUGUAAGAUCAUAAUUUUGAUUAAGGGUUCAUCUUCAUUCAUUGAUACAUCAUACAGUCAAUUGUUCUCUAUUGACAUGGUGAUAUUGCAGCUUUCUAGUUCCAACCCUGUAAAUCCCCAAGCAAAGCAUUCCAUCCUUGAAUUGGCUCGUAGUCGUCGAAAACACUUGUCAACUUUCUCUUCUUUCUCUUUGCCAAGUUUGUUCAUAUCCAAUUCUCAGCAACCUCAAAAUCCCAUAUCAUCAUUCCCUCAAGUAAAUCAGAGUGUUGCAGCUAUUGUAUUUGGAGAUGGAUCAGAGUCAAGGCUCUAUCCAUUGACAAAAAGAAGAUCAGAAGGCGCCAUUCCCAUAGGAGCAAAUUACAGAAUCGUUGAUGCAGUUAUUAGCAACUGUAUUAACAGUAACAUAAACAAGAUAUAUGCUCUAACACAAUAUAAUUCUACUUCUCUCAAUUCUCACCUCUCUAGAGCAUAUGCUGGCUUAGGCCUCGGCAAAGACGGGUUUGUUGAAGUGAUUGCAGCAUAUCAGAGUCUAGAAGACCAAGGCUGGUUUCAGGGAACUGCUGAUGCUAUGAGAAGGUGCUUGUGGGUACUGGAAGAGUACCCAGUGUCUGAGUUUCUGGUCCUUCCUGGCCACCAUCUCUACAGAAUGGACUACCAGAAACUAGUAAAGGCCCAUCGAAGUAGCCAGGCCGAUAUAACCAUUGCAGCUUUGAAUUCAAUAAGAGAUCAAGAUCCUGGUUUUGGCAUAUUAAAAGUGAAUUCUCUAAAUGAAGUUACAGAGUUCGAUGUGAAGUCAGAGAGGGCAGUCCAAAGUUCCCAAGCAUUCAAUGAUAAUGGUUAUAGGGAGCUAUCCAGCAUGGGGAUCUAUCUUGUUAAUAGAGACAUUAUGAGCAAGUCUCUAAACGAAUACUUCCCCGAGGCAAAUGAAUUCGGAACUGAAGUAAUACCCGGCGCAAUAUCGACUGGAAUGAAGGUUCAAGCUUAUGAAUUUGAUGGAUACUGGGAGGACAUGAGUAGCAUUGCAGCAUUUUAUCAAGCAAACAUGGAGUGCAUAAAGAGAUUAAACAUGGGAUACGACUUCUACGAUAAAGAUGCUCCUCUAUACACCAUGCCUCGCUAUCUGCCUCCGACUACUGUAACCGAUGCUGUCAUCACAGAAAGUGUGGUUGGAGAUGGUUGUAUCCUUAAUAGGUGCAAGAUCAAAGGAACAGUAGUUGGUAUGAGGACAACCAUUAGAGAGAAGGCCAUAAUUGAAGAUUCAGUCAUCAUGGGUUCUGAUUUCUAUCAAAAAAACUAUAUCCAAGAUGGCAAGGAUCAGAAGGGCAUGUUGAUUCCGAUAGGAAUUGGCGAUGAAACUCGCAUAAAGAAAGCUAUUGUAGACAAGAAUGCAAGGAUUGGCAGAAAUGUAAUGAUUAUUAACAAAGACAAUGUACAAGAAUGCAACAGGGAAGCUGAUGGCUACAUAAUCAGUGGAGGAAUAGUGGUUGUCCUAGAGAGUGCAGUGAUCCCAGAUGGCAGCAUUUUAUGAUAUUGUUGAAUGUUGAACAACAGGAUCAUCAUUCAUUUAUUUCUCAAUCUGAUUCUUUCAUAUAGUUAAAAACAAAAGUUCAACAAGAUGUGUACAAUGCCAUUUUCUCGGGGGGGAUGAGCAAUCUCGCUGCCGCUGCCACCUAAAAUGUCAUUCAAUAUGGAAUUUACAAUGAAGUUUGAUUCUUUCAGUGAUUUUCUA